GCUGUCAAACUCACAGGUUGUGCCUUCGAAUAUCUUGGGGCUCUAAGUGGGUUUGUAUGCCCGACAAUUUACCAGCUCUCUUGUUUCCCGCUGAGAAUCAAGUCUGCAUCCUUCUCAACGGCUGGAGAUCUCCCAGUUGAAGAACGAGACGAAUCCUUAUCACCCUUGCUCUGGAUCUGUCCGGUCCCUCUUCUUUCCCUGAUCUACUUAUCUCAUGUUAUCGUAUCUUCUCCAACUCUAGAGAUAACAGGAAAAACUAUAGAAGCCCAAAUGGACGAAGAAGCGUCUCAGCCAGGCUCGCACGCUCGUAUCGUUCCCUCCGACCCUCGGUGACCGAGCAUGUCUGCUGCUGCUGCCGCUGCUGUGCCUCCCCCUGUGCUGCCCGUUUUGGAGAAGGAGACAGAGCUCAGCGAGAAGAGCUCGAUCGACAAGGACGUCGAGAAGACCACUGUCGUGUCCGCUGGGGAGGAUGAGGACGAGGACGACAGGGUUAUCGAGAACGCGGCAGAUGUGGCCACCCAUAUCUUGUCUACUCGCGACGACGCCGAUCUGCCUUGCAUCACGUUCCGCUCCAUCUUCCUUGGUGUCGGUCUGAGUGCCUUUUCGUCCGUCCUCGCCACGAUCUACACGUUCAAGCCGCAAAAUGCGACGGUCUCCCAGCUAUUCUGUCUUAUCAUCGCGUACUUGCUCGGGACUGCCAUGCACGGCUUCCUGCCAAGUCGCGGUUGGUUCCGCUUCCUGAACCCAGGCCCGUUCAACAUCAAGGAGCACACCACGAUCGUCAUCAUGUCCGGCACGGCCGCGAAUGUCGCUGUGGGGAUGGAGAUCAUCGCUGCGCUGAAUCUGUUCUACGACCUCAAGCUCAACGGCGCCGUCGCUGUCUUCCAGCUCUUUGCUUCUCAGAUGCUGGGAUAUGGUAUUGCCGGAAUAUUGCGGAACUUCUUGGUGUACCCGACCUACGCGUUCUACCCGGCGUACAUCUCGACCGUGAAUCUGCUGCAGUCGCUUCACUGGGGAGGUGCCCUCAACUACAAGAAGCGGAGGUUUUUCUGGAUCGUGUUUGCCUGCAUCUUCUGCUGGGAAUGGAUUCCUCAGUACCCCUUUCCCUUGCUCACGGCGAUCUCGAUCAUCUGCCUUGCGGACAACGGACGCCACGAUUUCGUCCGGAACCUGUUCGGUGCAGGCUCAAGUAACGAGGGCAUCGGUUUCCUGUCCGUCAGCACUUCCUGGACGUUGAUCACGCAGGGGAACCCCUUGACCUGGCCGUACCAGACGCAGAUCAACAGCUACAUCGGCAUGGUCCUCGGUUACAUCCUUCUGACGACGGCAUACUACAGCAACAUUUUCAGCGGGCGCGAUUUGCCCUUCAUGUCGACCUCGCUCUUUGCAGCGGACGGAUCGAGUUACAACCAAACUGCGGUGAUCACUGCGGACUACAAGCUCAAUGCGACUGCGCUGGAUGCGAUUGGCCUGCCGAGGUACUCGACGACGUAUGCAAUUUCGCAGCUGUGCUACAACCUGUCUCUGGGCUGUGCGAUCACGACGAUCUUCUUGUGGCACUGGAAGGAGUUGAAAGCCGCGUUUGGGUCGAUGCAGUUCCUGCAGAACUCGCCAGAUAACAUCGAUGACCCCCACUAUCAGGAGAUGCGCAAGUACCCGGAGGUCCCACAAUGGGUCUACAUGGCGCUUUUCCUCGCUUCACUCGGUGUGGGCAUCGGAUGCAGCUAUGCGGGUCCGCAUGGGACGGUGCUCAUGCCGGGCUGGAGCAUUCUCCUGUUUACCGUCAUCAGCAUCUUCAUUGCCACCGUCCUCGGCUUCAUCACCGCUACGACAGGUUUCCAGAUCAGCGUCAAGUAUGCCAUCCAGGUCAUCGCGGCUUUUAUCCAUGCUGGACAGCCGAUUCCGGUGAUGUACGCUAAUUUGUACGGGAACUCGACGAGCACCCAGACGCUGCUGCUGCUGCAAGAUCUGAAGCUCGGCCAGUACACAAAAGUGCCGCCCCGGGUGACGUUUGGUGCGCAAAUGGCAGGGUCUCUGAUCGGCGCCAUUUUCAACUACACGAUGAUGAUCACGAUCGUGAACAACAACCGAGCCGUGCUCAAGGACCCGAUCGGCACGCGUUUGUGGUCCGGCUGGAUCGUGCAACAGUACAACAGCGCAUCGAUUGCCAUGGGUGCUCUCGCGAAGGAACUGUUCACUCACGGGAAGCCGUACUGGCUCGUGCCGUUUGCCAUCUUUAUCGGAUUCUUUAUCCCGAUCCCUUUCUGGCUCGUGUGGAAGUUUGCAGGAGACAAGUCCCCCAUUGGCAAGGCUGCCAAGUACCUCAACCCGACCAUCAUCACGCUGUACAUUGGAUACCUGCCGUACUCUGUCAACGGCCAGUGGACGAGCUGCAUGAUCAUCGGCACCUGGUCGCAGUGGUACAUGCGCACCCGCCGCCCCAAGUGGUUCGCCAAAUACAACUACAUCCUGUCUGCUGCGCUGGACGGUGGCAGCCAAGUGAUUAUCUUCAUCCUGUCGUUUGCUGUGUUCGGGGCGAGCGGCACGGCUGUCGCGUUCCCCAACUGGUGGGGAAACCCCGCCACGCUCAGCGCGGAUCGGUGCAAGUCGACGUAGCAGGUGUAGAUCACCCGUGUGUUGUUUUUCAUAUAUUAACGAAGUAUAUUACGCCCCUUGUGUGGGAUCUGGAUGAUCAACUUAUGAACUCAGG